CGCACUGGGCAGCAGCAGAGGAGGGCGGGUCACGCUGCGAGAAGGCAACUUCUCAUCAUCGCAAGGCAGUCGGACGUGUGGUGCAACCAUGGGUGUAUCUAAAUGGGCGCGAGCCGCAGCGCGGGGUUGCACAGCAGCCCACCAUGUGGCCUGGCAGCAGUGGAGCCGGGAAGCCACCCACGUGCCCUUCGGACGCGGGGCCCUGACCCGCAUGCCUGCAGGCUUCAGGGAGAUGGCAUCUGCGGCGGGGAAGAUCAAGGUUGAGAACCCGGUGGUGGACCUGGAUGGGGAUGAGAUGACCCGCGUGAUCUGGAACCAGAUCAAGGAGAAGCUCAUCUUCCCGUACGUCGACCUCAAGCUGGAGUAUUACGACCUGGGGCUGCCCAGCCGCGACGCCACCGACGACCAGAUCACCAUUGACGCCGCCAAUGCCAUCAAGAAGCACAGCGUGGGCAUCAAGUGCGCCACCAUCACCCCCGAUGAGGGGCGCGUCAAGGAGUUUGGCCUGAAGAAGAUGUGGCGCUCCCCCAACGGCACCAUCCGCAACAUCCUCAACGGCACCGUGUUCCGGGAGCCGAUUGUGAUCGACAACAUCCCGCGCCUGGUGCCGGGGUGGAAGAAGCCCAUCGUUGUGGGCAGGCACGCGUUUGGCGACCAGUACCGCGCCACCGACUUUGUGGUGGAUGGGCCCGGCAAGCUGGAGAUGAUCUUUACGCCGGAGGGAGGCGGCGCGCCCCAGCAGUUCACCAUCUACGACUUCAAGGGCAAGCGCGCCGCUGGCUUGAUCUGGGCGGGCGUGGCGCUGGGCAUGUACAACACAGAGGAGUCGAUCCGCGGCUUUGCAGAGUCGUGCUUCCAGUACGCGCUGUCCCGCAAGUGGCCGCUGUACCUGUCCACCAAGAACACGAUCCUGAAGAAAUACGAUGGGCGGUUCAUGCAGAUCUUUGACGAGAUCUACCACACCAAGUACCAGACGCAAUUUGAGAACCUGGGCAUCUGGUAUGAGCACCGCCUGAUUGACGACAUGGUGGCCCAGGGCCUCAAGUCCAGCGGCGGCUUUGUGUGGGCCUGCAAGAAUUACGACGGCGACGUGCAGAGCGACAUCGUGGCGCAGGGCUACGGCUCGCUAGGCCUCAUGACCUCGGUACUGGUCACACCCGACGGGCGCACCGUGGAGGCGGAGGCGGCGCACGGCACGGUGACGCGGCACUGGCGCGAGUACCAGAAAGGCAACCCCACCUCCACCAACCCCAUUGCCUCCAUCUUUGCCUGGACCCGCGGCCUGGCCCAUCGCGCCAAGCUGGACGGCAACGAGGAGCUGCUCAAGUUCUGCGGGGACAUGGAGGCGGCUGUGAUCAAGACUGUGGAGGCGGGGCACAUGACCAAGGACCUGGCCAUCUGCGUGCACGGCACCACCAAGGUCACUCCCGACCAGUACAUGUACACAGAGCCCUUCAUGGACAAAAUCAAGGAGACGUUUGACUCGCUGAGGGCCCAGGCAUGACCCAGAUGGAGCAUGUUGCUUUGCGGCAGAAGUGAACGAGGUUGGAGUGGAGGCGGGCUAUGAGCGGUGCAUGAGCGGCCGGUGCCACAGUGCCAACGGUCUAGUAAUUGCUGGUCGCAUUCUUUCCAACAGUGUAACGAGACGUGAGAC